AUGACAAAGGAGGUUGCUAACGUUGAUCAGAACUAUUCCAAUCUUCAUACUAAGGUUGAUAUAGUUGCUGAUGUUGUUACGACGAUUGUUGAGUUCUAUAAUUUACUUAUCAACAAAGUCGAUUUGAAGUUUGAGUCUGAAUCAAAGCAUUUUGUUAAAUUAGAAGAAAUAUUGGGGAAUGUGAAGGAGUUAAUUUCGAAACUUGAUGUUUCUCCUUCAUCUUUGGUUUCUCAAGAAUCCUUGUCACAAAUGUUUUCUUCGUUGGAGUCAAACAUGAAAGCUAAUCUAGCUCCUCUAAUGAAGUUUGUAAAUUUGAUGCCUUUUGAUGUCUCACCUAUUAAAACAGGGUUGCAAGGGGGAGAAAAGGUUGGUGAUUCUAGUGUUCUGAAAGGUGUUGAUAUUGGUUCAUCAAAAGAUCAUUCUCAAGGAAAGGUUGUAGGGAAGGUUAUGAGCACACAAAUUCCUACUUUGCUUCCAACUUCAAUGUCAACUACCUUAACUACCAUGACUUCGAAGCCUUUAACCAAAGGUAUUGUUAUUGUUUCAUCUGCUGGUGGAUCAAGUUCGAAGCCACCUCCUUCAAAGAAAGAAAUGGAAGCAAAAAGGGAAGGGUAUUAUCACUGA